GGCGAUGAUUCGGUCACCUCGCGCGUAUUGAACACCUGGCGGGCUUGGGAGGUAUAAAAUCCUCUUCUAAUCACUGAAGAGAGCACAGUUCAUCCACUGCAAACCGACUGCAAAGUAUUAUCAACCGUUCAAAAAUGUUCGCCAAAGUGAUCUUCUUCGCCGUCCUGGCCCUCAUCGCUUGCGUUUCCGCCAAGCCCUACUUCCCGGUGGUGGCAUCCCCGGCUCUGGCGGCGUACUCCGCUCCGCUGACCGCGGCCUACACAGCCAGCCCGUACGCUUACGCCGCUGCCUACACCGCCGGAUAUCCGUACGCCGCGACCUAUCCGUACGCUGCCCCGGUGGCCGCUGCCUACACGGUGCUGUAAAUUGGAUGACCCCUUGCUGCCGCCUGCCUGGAACACGAAACCAAACAACACAACCCUUUUACCCGGAAUCAAUUGCACUCCAUGCCAUGAUGAUCUCACGACGUUUGGAAUUUAAUUUAGCUGUACCGACCUCAAGUUGUAAAUUUCUGCUGUUAAUUAACUGUUUUGAUGAAAUUCUCCGUCCCGAAGGAGACCUGAAACGAACAUGACAAUAAUACUUUCAUAAUCGCAAGCACAA